UGUAGCUUUACAGCAUUAACAGCUUCCUUUAACCGAGGAGAAGCAGUUUUCCAUUUUGUUGACUGUCGAAUGUUUUAGUUUCACUGUUUUUAACAUUCCUUUGCUGCGGUGGUUGUGUUGUAUCUGUUGUUCGAAGAAUGGCGGAUUCUAGCGCCAGGUAUCAGCAGCUGCCCAACGAGGAGGAGGACACGCAGGAGACUCCUCAGCUCGCUGCUGAUGCUCCCCCUCCAUACAGCAGCAUUGCACUGGACAGUCCUGCCUACUUUGACCACAAGGAAGAUGGGGUUUUCCCUAAGCCUCCAUCCUACAACGUAGCAACGACGCUACCUUCCUAUGACGAAGCAGAAAGAACUAAAGCCGAGACAUCCUCUCCUCUGGUCGCAGCAAGACCUCAUCACAGAGAACGCCUGGAGACUUUUGACGAUAUUAUUCCUGGUUCAUUGGAGGACGAGGACUUUGUCACCAGAGAUGACUUUGAUGACGCCGAUCAACUCAGAAUAGGAAAUGACGGCAUCUUUAUGCUCACAUUCUUCAUGGCUUUCCUGUUCAACUGGAUCGGCUUCUUCUUGUCUUUCUGCUUGACCACUUCGGCUGCUGGACGCUACGGUGCAAUCUCCGGCUUCGGACUCUCCCUCAUCAAAUGGAUUCUCAUCGUCAGGUUCUCCGCAUACUUCCCGGGUUACUUUGAUGGACAGUACUGGCUGUGGUGGGUGUUUCUGGUAAUGGGUCUCUUGCUCUUCCUCCGUGGAUUCAUCAAUUACGUAAGAAUCCGCAAGAUGGCAGACACUUUCUCCACUCUUCCCCGCACCCGAGUCCUGUUCAUCUACUGAGCCC